ACCUCGACCUCCAUCCCUAGCGCUCUCGCCCCAAAGCACGCCGCAGGCGCAGAGCCAUCACCACCAUCCUUCCCCCCCUCUAUCUCUCUCUACCCCAUCCCUCCUCUCUCUCCUCAUAUACCAGCGACGCUGCCUCCUUCCAUGGAAGCCAGCAACAAUGAGUCCGCGCCCACGGCCGAGGCAGCUGCAGGCAGCGGCCCGGCCGGCGGAGAAGGGCGGAAGGGCAAGGCGCCCAAGGGCGGGCCCGAGAACGGCAAGUUCCGGUACCGCGGCGUGCGGCAGCGGAGCUGGGGCAAGUGGGUGGCGGAGAUCCGCGAGCCGCGGAAGCGCUCCCGCAAGUGGCUCGGCACCUUCGCCACCGCCGAGGACGCCGCGCGCGCCUACGACCGCGCCGCGCUCCUCCUCUACGGCCCCCGCGCGCACCUCAACCUCACCUCCCCGCCGCCUCCUACGCUCGCCGCGCCGCGCUCGCACCCGCACUCCUCCGCCACGUCGUCUGCCCCGCCAGCGCUCCGCCCGCUCCUGCCGCGCCCGCCACUGCACCAGCUCUCCAGCGACGGUGCUCCUGCACCGGAUUUCCACUACCACAACCAGUUCCAGCGCCGUCUCUUGCCGCAGCCGACACCCACACUAUACUACGCCAACACGGCCACGGCGUCCACAGUGACCACCAGUGUGCCGACACGGGUGGCGGUUCCGCAGGAGCCGGCCAUCGCGCCCGCAGUAGGCUCCUCGACGUCACUACAGGAGCCGCAGGUAGGUACGCCGGAGGAGGCGCGCGGGGAGGCAGGGUGGGACUACAACGGCGGCGAGGAGGAGGAUUAUGCGGCGGCGCUGCUGUGGGACGAGCCGGAGCCCUUCUUCUGGUUUGAUGUCUUCCUCAAGUGAUGGCCAGCGCACGACGCUGCAUGCCAACUCGAAUCCUGCAUGGUUGGUUUGGAGUUUCGGAGUGACGGCAGCUCAUGCUCAUGCAUCUGCAUGCAUGUGUUGGGCAGUAAGCAAGCAAGAAAGGUAGAUAGGCUUGCUAGCUAGGGUUUCUGAUUCCUUUGUACUAAAUUAUCUUUAUAUUUUUUUUAUCUUAUCCUUCUUUUUUCCCUAAGGGUGUGAUUGAGGUAUAGUAAUGUGAGGUGGUAUUACUGGUGGGAGGAUUUAGGGUUCUUUGUUGAUUUAAAGAUUCAAUUUUGAAUCACAUCGAAUCGAUUUCUUGCAUGGGGAUGCAAUCUAUUUAAUUGUGGCAUGUAUAAAAAUCAGCGAUGCAACAAUUUUUAAUUCUGUGUUUUCUUC